AACACCCCCUCUUGGUUUUCUCUUCCCAGCGUGGAUCCCUGGCCAAUUGCUCGUCUCCAAGCAAUGGCCACCCAAGGUGUAACCCUAGAGACCUUACCGAACAAAGUACCAUUAGACUUUCUGAAGAAAAUCACGAGUAACUUCUCCAAGGAGCUACAGCUUGGUGAAGGUGCCUUUGGGGAAGUUUAUAAGGGGAUUCUCGAUAGUGGUGAAUUGGUUGCUGUGAAGAAACUCGCAGAAAAUUCCCCUGUGCCACGUGAAACAAUAUUUGACAAUGAGCUUCAAAAUAUUAUGGUGCUCGAACAUGAAAAUAUUGUGAAGUUGGUAGCAUUCUGCCGGGAAGCACAAAACAGACUGGUGCAGAGCAAUGGAAGACACAUUAUUGCAGAAAUUAUUGAAACCUUACUCUGUUAUGAAUACUUGCCUAAGGGGGGCCUUGACAAGAGUCUUGUUGGUGAAUUUAGUAGCAUUGAAUGGGACAUACGCUUCAAGAUAAUAAAGGGGAUUUGUCAAGGAUGGCAACAUGACACCGAAGAUUGCCGACUUUGGAUUCUCCAGAAUAUUUGGCCAAGAACAAACCCGAAUGAACACACGAAGUGUUGUGGGAUCUGUGUAACAGAAAAAUGGAAACUAGAGACAAUAAUGUCCGAGUACGAGUUAGAAGAAGAUGAACUCAAUCAAGUAGAAGCCUGCAUCGAUAGUGCUCUGAAAUGUGUGGAGAUUGAUCAGAAGAACAGACCUACCAUUCAGGACAUUGUGAAAAAGCUCAGUAACCUUUAGCUACGAAUGAACGAGGAGGUCUCCCAUCGUAGUGAGCACACAACUUUGCUCUUUUGAAU